GGAGGAGGAGGAAUGCAUGGCAUGAGACACCUGUGUGACCAAAAAGCCACCCUUCAGCUUUAAACCCUUUUUUGAUCCCCGAAACCAGAGAAAGAAAGGAGAAGAACCCAAACCCAUCUCCGCUUCAAUGCUACUCACCAUCAUCCUUGGAUUCUCUCUCGUCCUCCUCCGCCCUCCCCCCAUCUUAUUAUAUCCACCUCCUCCUCUGCCUCAUAAGCCUCCCUCCAUGGCUUCUUCCGCCCCACCAGCCUUGCUCUUCCUCUCCUCUCUCCUGCUCCACCUCGCCUCUGCUUCCUCCACCGGCCUCCUCAGCCUCUCCCUGAGAAAGCAAGCUUCCAUCUUGCUCUCCAUCAAGCGCUCUUUCCACCACUCCCAGUCUUUACUCCCCAGCUGGAACUCAUCAGCCCAUGCAGCUCUCUGCGCUUGGGAUGGUGUGCGGUGUGACGACUCCAAUCACCUAGUCCUCGCGCUCGACGUGGCCAACUCUAACUUCUCCGGCUCCCUCUCCCCUGCGAUCGCCGAGCUGAAGGGCCUCGCUUCCCUCUCCGUCGCCGGAAACAGCCUCUCCGGUCCGUUUCCGCACGCUAUCAGUGAGCUCCCCCGCCUCAGGUACCUCAACAUCUCCAACAACCAGUUCAACGGCACCUUGAACUGGAGCUUCUCCGACACGGCGGAGCUGGAAGUCUUGGAUGCCUACGACAAUGACUUCUCCGGGCCGCUUCCUGUUGGCCUCCCGAGGCUGACCAAGCUCCGGCAUCUGGACCUCGGCGGGAAUUACUUCUCCGGUGCGAUCCCGUUCGCUUAUGGAGGCUUCAGUGCCAUCACCUACCUCUCGCUCGCGGGGAACGAUCUCGGCGGCUUCAUACCUCCUGAGCUGGGCAAUGUCACCACUCUGAAGCAGCUCUACUUGGGUUACUACAACGAGUUCGACGGCGGCGUCCCGGCCGAGAUCGGCAACUUGAUCGGUCUGCUCCAUCUCGACCUCUCCAGCUGUGGCUUGGAGGGGGAGAUCCCGCCGGAGCUGGGGAAUCUGAAGAACCUGGACACUCUCUUCCUGCAGACGAAUCAGCUCACCGGUGCAAUCCCUUUCCAGCUUGGCAACCUCAGCAGCUUGAGAUACCUCGACAUCUCCAACAACGCACUCACCGGCGAGAUCCCCAAGGAGUUCUCCAAGCUCCAUCAACUCACCUUACUGCACGUGUUCAUGAACCGGCUUCACAGCGAGAUUCCAGGGUUCGUGGCGGAGCUGCCCAGUCUGGAGGUCCUGAAGCUGUGGCAGAACAACUUCACCGGAUCGAUCCCAGCCGCGCUGGGUCGAAACGGGAGGCUUCGCGAGCUCGAUCUCUCUACCAACAAGCUCACCGGGCUGAUCCCGCCAUCUCUCUGCUUCGGCAAGAAGCUGGAGAUACUGAUUCUGCUCAACAACUUCCUCUUCGGCCCAUUGCCGGACGACCUCGGUGACUGCAUGACGCUCUCCAGGGUCCGCAUGGGGCAGAACUACUUGACCGGAUCGAUUCCUCGGGGCUUCCUCUAUCUGCCGGAGCUGUCUCUGCUGGAGCUGCAGAACAAUUACCUCACCGGAGUGGUAGCGGAAGAGCCAGCGCAGAAGCCUGCAAAGCUAGGCCUAUUGAACCUCUCCAACAACAGGCUCACCGGGCCUCUUCCCUCCUCCAUCGGGAACUUCUCGUCGCUGCAGAUUCUUCUCCUCGGCGGCAACGAGUUCGCCGGGGAGAUACCAUCCCAGCUCGGCCUUCUGAAGCAGGUGCUGAAGGUAGACAUGAGCAGGAACAACUUCUCCGGCAGAAUCCCCCCCGAGAUCGGUGACUGCUCCUCACUGACCUACUUGGAUUUGAGCCACAACCAGCUCGCCGGACCGAUUCCAGCUCGGAUAUCUCAGGUUCGCAUCCUGAGCUACCUCAAUCUGUCAUGGAAUCGCUUGAGCCAGAGGAUUCCGCAGGAGAUGGCAAGCAUGAAGAGUCUCACUUCCGCAGACUUCUCGCACAACGAUUUCUCCGGUAAGAUACCGGAGACCGGGCAGUUCGCUUAUCUCAACGCUUCAUCUUUCCUCGCCAACCCUCAGCUAUGUGGAUCAGCUUCAAAUCCAUGCAGCUCGUCAUCCUCUCCACGGAUCGAACGAGGCGAGCAUCACGGUGUCAAGUCCCAGCUCCCUGGAAGAUUCAGGCUCCUGUUUGCUCUGGGACUCUUAACAUGUUCUCUGGUAUUUUCCAUCACAGUGGUCAUCAAGACGCAAUCCAUGAUGAAGAGAGGCUUCUCCGACUCAUGGAAGUUGACGGCGUUCCAGAAUCUCGAAUUCGCUUGCGACGACGUCGUCGAGUGCCUCAAGGAGAACUGCAUCAUCGGAAGAGGAGGGGCCGGAGUCGUGUACAGAGGAACGACGCCGAGCGGGGAUGGGAUCGCAGUGAAGAGACUGCUGGGGAUCAAUAAAGGUUCUACCCACGACAACGGGUUGUCGGCAGAGAUCCAAACGCUGGGCAAGAUCAGGCACCGCAACAUCGUGCGCCUGCUCGCCUUCUGCUCCGACAAGGAGACGAACCUGCUGGUGUACGAGUACAUGCACAACGGGAGCUUGGGGGAGGUGCUGCACGGGAAGAGAGGAGGGUAUCUGAGCUGGGAGAUGAGGCACCGGAUUGCAACGGGGGCAGCCAAGGGGCUGAGCUACCUCCACCAUGACUGCUCUCCUCCCAUCCUCCACAGGGACGUCAAGUCCAACAACAUCUUGCUCGAUCUGGACUUCGAAGCUCACGUUGCAGACUUCGGCCUGGCCAAGUACCUGCAGGACACAGGAGCCUCCGAGAGCAUGUCAGCCAUUGCUGGUUCUUAUGGCUACAUUGCUCCAGAGUAUGCGUACACUCUCAAGGUGGACGAGAAGAGCGAUGUGUAUAGCUACGGAGUGGUUCUCCUGGAGCUCAUCACCGGCAAAAAGCCGGUGGGCGACUUCGGGGAGGAAGGACUGGAUAUAGUGCAGUGGGCGAGGAUGAACACGAGCUGGAACAAGGAGGGGGUGGUGGAGAUCUUGGACCCGAGGCUGAUCGAUGUGCCGAUGGAGGAAGCCAUGCAGGUGUUCUUCGUCGCCAUGCUCUGCGUGCAGGAGCACAGUGUGGAAAGGCCCAACAUGAGGGAGGUCGUCCUGAUGCUCGAACAAGCAAAGCAAUCACACUGAUCUCUCUCUCUCUCUCAUACUGUACUUUCUUCAGCUUCAGAUGUAAUGUUAGCAGUUUCGGUGUGAUUGUGAGCAUGAUCUAGGAACUGCCAUGCAUGAACGUUGAAUCCAGGAACAGCUGCUCCGCUGCCAUGGAGACA